AUGACCUCCUUCGUCAUCCGAACCCCUUGCUCCUCGGCCAACAUUGGCCCCGGUUUCGAUGUGAUCGGCCUCGCGUUGUCCCUCCAUCUCGAACUCCACGUCACGGUCGACUCCAAACCCUCGUCCGACCUGCCCUUGAACUGCGCCAUUACCUAUGAAGACCAAAGCAAGAGCACCGAGCAGAUCUCCCUCGACCCCGAGGUCAACCUGAUCACCCGUGUAGCCCUGUACCUUCUGCGAUGCCACGAUCAGCGCGCGUUCCCCGUCGAGACCAAAGUACACAUCAUCAACCCCAUCCCGCUGGGUCGGGGCUUGGGAUCGUCGGGCACUGCAGUCGUAGCCGGUGUUAUGCUCGGCAAUGAAGUCGGCAAGCUGGGUUUGAGCAAGGAGCGUCUGCUCGACUAUUGCUUGAUGAUUGAGCGACAUCCCGAUAACGUGGCCGCCUCGCUUUUCGGAGGCUUUGUGGGUACCUACCUCAACGAGCUGAAGCCCGAAGACGUUGCGCGGAAAGAAAUCCCGCUCAGUGAAGUCCUGCCCGCACCGGCUGGAGGCAUUGAUACUGGGUUCACCCCCCCGGAGCCCCCUCUCGGAAUCGGUCACUACAGAAAGUUUAACUGGGCCCCCGAGAUCAAGGCCAUCGCCAUCAUCCCGGACUUUGUCGUGCCCACCGCCAAUGCCCGCAAUGUGCUCCCGGAGAACUACUCCAGGGCGGAUGUCGUUUUCAACCUCCAACGCGCGGCCUUGCUCCCCGCGGCAUUGGGAACUUCCCCGCCGGACCCUGAUAUGAUCUUCCUGGCCAUGCAGGACAAGGUGCACCAACCAUACCGCAAGACGCUGAUCCCCGGUCUGACCGAGAUUCUCCAAUUCAUGACUCCGGCCACUCAGCCAGGCCUGCUUGGUAUCUGUCUCUCCGGUGCAGGUCCCACCAUCCUGGCCCUGGCCACCGAUCGAUUCACCGAGAUCGCAGACCGCAUCAUCGCACAGUUCGCCACCAAUAAUAUCACCUGCCAGUGGAAGCUGCUGGAGCCCGCUCAUGCUGGUACCACCGUGAGCCCCAACUAA